AUGUCCCCGGACCGACCUGGACCAAAACCCAAGUCGGAAGCGUCUUAUGCCUACGAAUGCAAGAAGAAGAUUAUCCCUGUGAAGGUGAGUAAUGACUUCAAAGCUUCUGGUUGGCUAGGCGGUAUCACGGCAGGGAAGAUCUACUACAUGGUUCAGCAAGCCGAGCUUGUCCCCGAGGUACUCACCAGCAUCAUUGAAAAAGAAUUCGCAGUGCAGAAAGAAACGGUCCAGAACGUGACCGCUGCUCCCGGUCCCCCGUCCCCAGAGCAAGAACCGAAACCACCUCCUGUGGAAUCUGAAGUACCCGGAUGGGAUUCCAAGAAGGUCCAGGAUUGGCUGGCAGCUAACAGCGUCACAACACGUAACAAAGCUUUGAAAACCCUCAAUGGAACCCAACUACUGCAACUGAAGAAACUACUGAUCACAGCCCCACAAGCUUUCUAUCAGUCAAUGAAAGAUGAUCUUAAGGUUCCACUUAUUGAUGUCCUAUCACUCGCUGCUGCUCUUGAAAAACUAAACUAGGUGAUUAGUAUAAUGAUGAUGAUGAUGAUGAUGUAAAAGUUAACACUUUAUAUGCCACACAAAUAAUCUCCCUGAGCCAUUUUAUAUUUAUCAAGGGCUACAAUAAUAUUGAAUUUUUCCAGAGCAAAUUCUAUCUAUAGCUGUGGUAUAAGGCUGGGACUGUCAUCGAGCUAAUCAAGGCCGGUAAAGGAUAAAUUUGCAAAAACUAGUAUGUUACCCGAAUGACAUCGUGGGUACCUAUUAUUUUGUGCAAAAGUACACGAGUGGACACUGAGCAACCGUGCAUAAAGGAUAAGAAAGCUAACGCGGCGUUAAAACAUAUUGUCAGCCGUUUGCAUUAUUUGUACACAGUUAGUCAUAAUUUGCACACACCGGACUUGCAAGGAAUAUCUAAAUUUGUUUACAACUCUCAGGCCUGUAAACAGCAACACUGGAUGUCCCAAUAAUGCAUUACUUAAAGGAAACCCAAAGGAAUAACUUUAGCUAUUCUGAGAGAUGUAUGGUUUUCUUGCCCAUUGGUAAACAUUUUGAUUACUUUUACCGAAUACAUAAUUUAUAAGAAAUACGUUAAACAUUUGAAAGCAAGAGGCAGAUUGAAGGAUAAAACUCUUUUAACUGAUUUGAAACAUGAAUUUAUGUCACAUGUACAUUCUAAAACAACAGCAAAGAUUGAUGAAAAACAGGUAAAAGCUUUGACUGAUAUAUGCUAAGAUAAUGCUUUAUUUUUAUAUGUAUAUUUGUUCUUCUAAACGUUGUACAUUGUAGAUAUGUGGACUAAAGUUCCCUGAAAGGUUAAAAAUGAAAAAUCAAAUAGUAAUUUAUGAAACACAAAUAAUUGAUUCAAAAAUAAUUUUCUUAUUUUUAUUUACGAGUUUAUCUAUGAAACAGAUCGACAGUAAGUAACGAACUCUAUUAUUUCUUGAUGGUUAUUCCGGAAGAAUUUAGUUAGUGCAUAGGGUCUCCCAUUUUUGAAGUACCAAAGGAUUUUGUCGGUUUUAGUAUUAGUGAUAACCGUAAAAAUACUGUCAGUUCUUAAAUUUACCGAUGUACCAUGGAUUCAAAAAUAAUAGAAUUACAAAAAAGAGGAGAAUGAAUAUUCCGCACUCCCUUUUACUUUUGUAUUAAUGGCUUCACUGAAAUAAAUUUUUAAUAAAGACAUAUUUUAUGGAUUAUGAA